CCUCAGAAAAUAUCCCCCUCCAGUUAGUGACAGAUGAGACGAGGUGGUGUGGAGGUUUAUUUACAGCCAAGUAAAAUAGUUUACUGCGAUCUGGUGCGUUCAAAAUUCACUCACGGCACAUCAGCGUUUUCCCAAAUAUAUUCCUUGAAAUUGAAUUAACUUCUAUACCUAUCAGUCAAGCCCCAAGCCCACACGUGCCCGUUAUUUAUUAUGGACCUCUGUUGCGUUCAUAUGCAGCUCGUAAAUUAUACUCUCUCGAUUAAAUCACAUUUCUUUCGUUUUAUGUUAUCUUUACAGAUUCUGACGCAUUUUUGUAUUUACAUAUGCAUAAUUUAUAGACACGGGGCACGUAUAUGAAUAUUUUGUCCAGUGACGUGGAUAAAAGCGCAAACUAUCGAGAAGCAGGUGGCGUCCACUGUCGUCGUGGCUAGAUGUCCAGCGUUUCCCACGACGCCUGAAGGCAGCAAAACUUCUGACACAUGCGAAGUCGGUGACCUCGCCGGAGCCGCAGGCAGUCCACACGGCUCAAAGAGAGACCACCACCAGCCAAGCACAGUUGUCCGCUGUCUUCUUCUUCUUCUCCUUCUGCCAGACAGAGCCAGGCAGCCAGAGACAGAGCGGGUUUGAGGCUGUCGUCCGCCGCAGCCAUGCACUGUCUGAGAGCGCUGCGUCUGUCAAACUCAGCACAGCUGAUCGUGAAAAGUACAGACGCCGCGAAGACGGGUUUCGUCAUCCAGCCAGCAUGCUGGCCGGCCACAAAAUCCUCAAGCGCGUCCCAGCGACGAGCUACACACUCGGAUCCUUUACAUCUCAAAGUAAAUGUUCCCCCGAAGCCCCCCAGUUCCGGAGUGGAAAACAUGCUUUUCUACACCAUCACAGAUGGGAAGGAGCAAAUCCCCGUCUCACACUUCAUCUCAGCGCUGAAAAAAACUGGCCUCCAUCCGUCAGACCCUCGCCUGAAGGAGGGCAUGGAGAAACUUCGGGCGGCCGUGAGGGAAUCUGUCGGCGAGGUGAUGAUGGACAGAGACCUUUUCCAUAGAUGUGUCGGUGGAAACGUUGUCCUUCUGAUCCAGGCCUUCAGAAAGAAGUUCAUCAUCCCAGAGUUUGACGUGUUUGCGCGGAAAAUAAAUAAAAUCUACAAAACCGUGGAAAACCAAAGUGAUGGGAAGGUUGCAGAUUACAUCCCUCAGCUGGCCAAGUUUAACCCAGAAUUGUGGGGUGUGUCGCUGUGUACGGUUGAUGGUCAGAGACACUCAGUUGGUGACACCAAACAGCCGUUUUGCCUGCAGUCAUGCGUAAAGCCCCUGCAGUAUGCCUUCGCCGUCCAUGAGGCAGGAACAGAGAAGGUCCACCGUUACGUUGGCAAGGAGCCCAGUGGACUCAAGUUUAACAUGCUCUCACUUGACGACGAAGAUAAGCCGCACAACCCCAUGGUGAACGCCGGAGCCAUAGUGGUCAGCUCUCUUAUCAAGCCUCGCACAAAUAAGGCAGAGAAGUUCGACUAUUUUAUGGAGUUUGUUAAAAAGAUGGCCGGCCAAGAAUACGUAGGAUUCAGCAACGCCACGUUCCAGUCUGAAAAAGAAACGGGCGACAGAAAUUUUGCCAUCGGAUACUACAUGAAAGAGAAGAAGUGCUUUCCGCCGGGAGCAGACAUGAUCGAUGCCCUCGACUUCUACUUCCAGCUAUGCUCCAUCGAGGUGACCUGCGAGUCCGGCAGCAUCAUGGCCGCCACUCUGGCCAACGGAGGGAUCUGUCCAAUCACAGGGGAGCUUGUCCUGAGCGCCGAGGCCGUGCGAAACACCCUGAGCCUCAUGCACUCGUGCGGCAUGUACGACUUCUCCGGCCAGAUGGCUUUCCACGUGGGUCUGCCUGCAAAAUCGGGGGUGUCCGGUGCGAUACUUCUGGUGAUCCCCAACGUCAUGGGAGUGAUGUGUUGGUCUCCUCCGCUGGACAGAGUUGGAAACAGCGUCCGGGGAAUUCACUUCUGUCAGGAGCUCGUGUCACUGUUCAACUUCCAUAAUUAUGACAACCUGAGGCACUUUGUAAAGAAGCAGGACCCCCGCAGGCUGGAUGGAGAUGACAGGAACAAGUCCGUUUUCAACUUGAUGUUCGCUGCCUACAGUGGAGACGUGUCGGCCCUGAGAAGAUUUGCACUUUCGUCCAUGGACAUGGGUCGGAAAGACUACGACUCCCGAACAGCGUUACACAUCGCUGCAGCAGAGGGUCAUGUAGAUGUGGUGAAGUUCCUCACUGAAACCUGCAAAGUUGACCCGUUCGUAGAAGACAGGUGGGGGAACCUGCCGGUGGACGAUGCCAUGCAGUUUGGACACGAAGAGGUGGUGAAGAUGCUCAAAGAUUACCAGCAGGACUGCAAGCGCCUAGAAAAGCCGGGCGGCAGAGCUGAGCACCCCCCGAAGCUGGACACCAUCGAGGGCAUGGUGUGAUGCCUCUGAAGAGAAUCCUCGAAACUGAAACAAGUCAGGGCAGUCUGUCAAAUUUACAAAUGUGAAGGUUCUUUCGUAGCACAGGCAAUGAACGGCAUUCGGAACAGGAUUCGACAAAGCACACUGCUGCAAAUCCAAAGACCAGUGGCAAGAGAAAAAAAAAGACAGAUAGAAUAUAAAGCACGGAAUAAUAUAUUAGUCAAUAAGAAGAAAUACAAUAACACAAAGGUGUUAUUAUUAUCUCCAAAUUUUAAAUGACAUUAAUACAUUAGUGGCCUCUUCGCCGUGGUCAUGAUCCGUAAGAACCUUUUAUGUUUAUAUGGAGUCACAUAUUUUCUUAUUAUAUAUAUUUGUGCCUUGAGGAAAUAAAACGAUUCGCUAUGUUUUGGAGCCUCUUUGGCAGUUAUUGCGUGAGCUACAUCGUUCAGCUGUAAAUAAUCGCACUCAUGUAUUUAUACGCUCUUUUACCGCAUAAACACAGAAUUCCAAAAAGUGAUUCAUGUGGAUUAUUUUAACGGAGACUUAAUCAAUUAAACAUGCUUUAUCUGC